UCAGUUCGCUCCUUCCCUCCCUCCCCCGGCGCGCUCCGGCCGCCGCAGCGCUCCCCGCCCUCGAGCCGCGGUGCCGGAGUCGCCCGGCGCCCGAAGAAGAGGUGGAGGGAGCCGGAGAGGCCCGCCGAGGCGGCGGCGGCGGCGGCAAGAUGGCGGACUUCCUGCCGUCGCGGUCCGUGCUGUCCGUGUGCUUCCCCGGCUGCGUGCUGACGAGCGGCGAGGCCGAGCAGCAGCGCAAGUCCAAGGAGAUCGACAAAUGCCUGUCCCGGGAGAAGACCUACGUGAAGCGGCUGGUGAAGAUCCUGCUGCUGGGCGCGGGCGAGAGCGGCAAGUCCACCUUCCUGAAGCAGAUGCGGAUCAUCCACGGGCAGGACUUCGACGAGCGCGCGCGCGGGGAGUUCCGCCCCACCAUCUACAGCAACGUGAUCAAAGGUAUGAGGGUGCUGGUAGAUGCUCGAGAGAAGCUUCAUAUUCCUUGGGGAGAUAACUCAAACCAACUCAAUGGAGACAAGAUGAUGUCAUUUGAUACCCGUUCCCCCUUGGUGGCCCAGGGACUGGUGGAAACUCGAGUUUUUUUACAAUAUCUUCCUGCUAUAAGAGCAUUAUGGGCAGACAGCGGCAUACAGAAUGCCUAUGACCGACGUCGAGAAUUUCAACUGGGUGAAUCUGUAAAAUAUUUCCUGGAUAACUUGGAUAAACUUGGAGAACCAAAUUAUGUUCCAUCACAACAAGAUAUUCUGCUUGCCCGAAGGCCCACCAAAGGCAUUCAUGAAUACGACUUUGAAAUUAAAAAUGUUCCCUUUAAAAUGGUCGAUGUAGGUGGUCAAAGAUCAGAAAGAAAACGUUGGUUUGAGUGCUUCGACAGUGUGACAUCAAUACUUUUCCUUGUUUCCUCAAGUGAAUUUGACCAGGUGCUUAUGGAAGACCGACUGACCAAUCGCCUUACAGAAUCUCUGAACAUUUUUGAAACAAUCGUCAAUAACCGGGUUUUCAGCAAUGUAUCCAUAAUUCUCUUCUUAAACAAGACAGAUUUGCUUGAGGAGAAAGUGCAAAUUGUGAGCAUCAAAGACUAUUUCUUAGAAUUUGAAGGGGAUCCCCACUGCUUAAGAGACGUCCAAAAAUUCCUGGUGGAGUGUUUCCGUAACAAACGCCGGGACCAGCAGCAGAAGCCCUUGUACCACCACUUCACCACUGCUAUUAACACCGAAAACAUCCGCCUGGUUUUCCGUGACGUGAAGGAUACUAUUCUUCAUGACAACCUCAAGCAGCUUAUGCUACAGUGAUAUACAAAAGACUUGCUGUUUUAAUGCCUUUUUGUCUUUUUUAUUGUUUUCUGUUUGUUUUGUUUUUUCAAAUAGUUUACAACAGAAAUUAGAAAAAUCUUGAUGCUGUGUUGAAGUUCUUUGAAAUCUGAGUCCUUCUUCUGCAGACUUUGGUUUGUGGCUGAAAGCUGCUGAAUAACAACACAUUGCCAAUAUCUGCUGAAGUUUAGGCUUUGAUCGGUUUCGCUAUGGCUUCCAUUAGAGUGGAGUUGUAAUUUUCUGCCAAACCUCAGUCGAGGUAUAGUUCAGGCUUUAACACCUUCCACUUUCAAACUGAAUUGUCCUGUAGUGCCAAGUAUAGCAGGUGUCCUUGAGUAUUUGUAGUAUGAGGUUGAGAAUAUUCAGUUCUAAAACAAAUAAGAUACCUUUUGUCUGCCUGACACAUAGCAGCAACACUCGUGCCUAGCUUUAUGGUGACCUAUUUUGAAAUGACUAUUGGAAAAAAUUUUGAUCUUAGGAAUGACAUUCUAUAGAUUCACCAGAUUUAGCCUUCAUGUAUUUUUCAUACAUGCAUAACAGUUGUUUUGUUUUAAAAUUUCUGUGGUUCCUAAAGGUAAUGUUUUUAGUGUUUUAAAGUUUACAUGAGGAUUUCUGGUUUGAUGCUAAUGGAAGUUCACAAAUGGUACGGGGGAGCAAAAGGCAAGCAAGUGCCAUAUAUAGUGUUUUGGUCAAAGUUAUGAGUGAAAUACAAUUUACCCUUUUCAUAUUUAAAUAUGUAAUAAAAGUGUCGGAUGUGAAACAUCUUGGCGAUGGCAGUAACUAAAAAUUGCAAGCAACUUGAUAACAGAACUUUCUAAAUAAACAUAACCUUUCCAGAU